AUGCCAAAGGUCAAGGUGAAGGGCAUUGGCUCACCACUGUCCUACCCCGUGCCAAAGGCCCAGCUUCAAAAGUUAAUCGAUCGUUCAACACGCGCACCCUAUGGCAAGGGCUCAGAGACAAUCACAGACCUCAAUGUGCGACGUGUCUGGCAGUUGCAGAGCUCGGACCUCACUAUCACAGGCAGACAGUUCACCAAGUUCUUUGAUGGCAUCAUCGAAACCAUCAAGGAGACGAUGGGUCUGAAGGACGAGGUCGUCCGGGCCGACCUGUACAAGCUGCUCAUCUAUGAGACCGGUGGCUUCUUCUUGCCACAUCGUGACUCGGAGAAGGAGGACAAGAUGUUUGGAACACUCGUGUUGUCACUGCCGUGUCCACAUCGUGGCGGCGACCUCGUCAUCAGCCAUUCAGACAAAGAGACAGUCGUGUCAUUGGAGAAUGACUCAAUGUCAUCGAUCAAAUGGACAGCAUUCUUUGCUGACUGUCGACAUGAUGUCAAACCAGUCACUGAAGGCAAUCGAGUGUGUCUCGUGUACAACCUGAUGAGGUCGGGAGCCAGGAAGAUCCCCAUCGCAAAAGACAUCACUGGACCACUGCUCAGAACAAUCAACAAAGCAUUUGGUAUCGAGUCCAACACUAGAGCCCCUGCCGUCUCUCCAGCAGACAUCAACAGCAACAACAAUGAGGUUAUAGAUGUUGAUGAUGAUAGUGAGGUUACAGAAGAGGACGAUAGAGACGAGGUCGAGGAUGAUGAUGACGAUGCCGAUGUCAAGAUCACAAAGAAGGCCAAGAUAUCAACAACAUCAACAACUACGACCAGAGUUGCAAGUGACUCAUCUGAUGAUAGUGAGGAGGAUGAAGACGAAGACGAGGAGGAAGAGGACGACGACGAAGAAGACGAUCCAUAUACAUUCGAUAGUGAUGGUGGAGAAGUUGUAUAUUACGAGACAAGCUCAGAGGACGUGUCAUGGCGCAAGAAAAAAGCGGUGGAGCCAGUUGGCACACCAGAGAAGAUUGUCUUUGCCCUGGAUCAUGUAUACUCCAUGGCCAACUUCACAUUAUCAUCACUCAAAGGCAAGGAUGCUGCACUGGCUCACUCACUACUAGCCAUCUCCGAAGAGGCUAAACUGAAGUUAUGUUUGGCAUUCAUUCAUGGUAAAGAAACAGGCAGGUACCAGAGUGAACCAUGGCAUCCACCAAGUAAAGUAGAUAUAUCACUGAUCCAGGUCAGGGACAUCUUGACCGACAGCAUGAUCGAAGAUGAGAUGGACUUAUGGGAUGGCGAGGUCUUGCCCCCUGGAUGUCUGAGUCGUGUCAAGCCAUACAAUGUUGAGGCUCAAGAAGCAACAGGUAACGAAGGUGGAGAAUACAAUAGAUUCUAUAGGAAAGCGGCAAUCGUGGCAUGGAGCACAAUUGGAACUGGUCCAUUUUCCAUCGUCAAGUCGGUGGAUGGAUCUUUGAAGAUUUUAAAGAGUGAGCUGGUCAAACUUGGAGGCAUCGAUGCCAACGCUCAGGCAUCAUUCGAUUUGAUCACAAGCUUGAUGGCCUCGUGGGAGAAAGCCGGAGACGGUGCCGAGUUUGAUGAUGUACACCUUACCAAAAUGCUCAAACUACUGCGGUCCAUCAAGGAGGAUGAUAGAUUCGUUCCCAAGAUGUUGGAGGAUAUACUCAAGUUCAUGGGCGAUUGUUACGACACACAGUCACACGAGGAAGCAAUCAUGGAGCUGCUGUUCCAAUGUCCAUCAAUGACACCAGAGUUGGUUGUUCGCCUGUUGGGUGUACUCAUUGUCCAGGCAUCAGUCGAUGAGGCUAUGACACUUCUCAACAAGUUGGUGACAGAGGCAACAACCAGUCUGAAUGAUCACCCUUCAAACUUGAUCACACUGAUACCAACAUUGGCAGUCACACUCUGCGACAGACUGGGCAGCACCGUAGAAUGUAAAAGAUUCUUGGUGUUCAUUCAAUCAGACAUGGCGACAGGUGUGUUGGAUGAAGCUCAGCGACAACAACUAUUGGACACGACCACAAAGUCUGCUCAAGCAUUCCUCAAGAGUGAGGUGAUGAUCGAGAUUGGCAUCACUGGCAAGCUUAAGAAUGUAAUCCAUCAUCUCAAGGCGGUCAGAGAGAAUACGUCGCAGACCUAUGUCACACUGGACCUGGUGAGGGAGAUGUAUGUUUCCGUGAUCAAUGAGUACGCACUGGAGCCGCACGGUGAUUAUAGCAUCGAAGGACUGUCGCGAAUCCAGGCCAUCAACAUGGAGUACCCUGACUGGGUCACUAGCACAGACUAUGACAAGUUGCUCAAGACAAUUGUGAACAGCUUAGAGAAUAUCAAAUCGAUCAGCAAAUUACAUUUUCUGUGGAGUGUGGUCCAGGCGCAUGCCGAUGAUGGUGCACUCUUCAACCUGCUGUUGGACAAUCUAUGCAAGGUCAUAUGGACUGGCAACACACUUGUUGGCCUCCUCUCACUAUUACACAAGGACUACAAAGACUCACCUCUGUAUGUCAGGCUGUGGGAGCAUGCAGUCAAGGGCUUCAUCCAAGGUGGCACCCAAUGUACAUGUGAGGGCUGCCUCAAGAUCACUGUCUUUGUUGAAUCCUUGGACAUGACGUUGCAUCUCAAGGGCACAGAUGCCGAGCGCAAGCACUUUGAGAUCGAGGCCACCAAGUUCAGUAUGAGGUACAGCACAAUGCGCGAAGGCAGGCCGCCCUUCACUUUGGUGCUGACCAAGAGGCCAAGUGAUCUUAUCGUUAAUCUGUCACCUCAUAUCAAGAAGCGCAAGGUGUUUGUUGACAUGUGCCACAGCCUACAUAUACUCUGUCCGUCCAACACUGAGAAUGAUAUACUCAAUCGUGUUGUCAACAACACAACACCUCCAGCAACCUAUCCCCACACACUAUUCAAGACAGUUGCACCAUUGGUACUGUUCCCUCCUCCAGUUCCAUUGAGGGAGGUUAUCAAUAACCUCGCAGAAGAAAUAGAGAUCAUCAUGGAUGGUGGCGGUGGUGUACCGAUGGACCACUCAGAUGAAGAAGUAGUGGACAAUGUAGUAAAGGAAGAGGUGAACAUCCCAACAACAUCAGUGGCCGUACCAACACGACGAUAUGUCAAGGUGGAAGAGGGUCACUCAGCCGCGGCUGCCGGAGAUGUCAAGGAGGAGGGCGUACCAACAGCAGCAGCAGCUCUAGUGCCCGUACCCAAGUUACACUAUGUCAAGGUCGAGGAAGAUAUUAAAGAGGAGGACGAAUAG